UCAUCAGCUGCGUGGAGAGGGGAAGGGCAAUAAAUUGCUCUCCAUAUCGUACCACACCCAACGAUAUGCACGGUCGACCCGGACCGAAGCAGGGCUGCAAAUUCCAUCUCUGUCACCUACCCCACCCACUCAGAAGUUCUUCCUCAACUCAUCAUCGUUCCUCCAGUUUUCAACCUCCCACAAUCAUUAACAAAUGCAAAAGAAAGGAUUCUAUUUCCUCCUGGAGUUCAGACAGCUGAAAGAGCGGGGGGAAAGAAGCCCUUUUUUUACACUUUGGUCAGGCCGUUUAACUCAUUAACGAAACAGCGCGCUCGUCAACUUCCCGCACGUACCAACAAAUUCAUCCCACUUGUCGGACCUGCUUGUACUUGUUUCGCGAGCUCGCCAAUGAAAGUCGGUUAACGGCAGAUGGCCGCAUCGGGACACGGAAAAUUACGCAUCGGCUCCUACCUGGGGGCAGAUGACGUCACGCGCCCAUCUGGAUAAGUUGCGGCCGGUUGGCGCGUCGUCUUCAUUCCUCCCAGGUGGUUGCUAUCCGAGAGUAAGCAGAGGACCUGCGCUCCAGUGGUCAAAAUGAGCAACGUGAAUGUAGAAUCGGCCAAGACCGAAGAAGUGAAGACUCGGAUACCGACGGACAGACUUUUAAAGAUACUAGCAAUAACAACAACCACGCUGUUUGUCUUAAUAGCUGCAGCACUGACUGCUUUUAUAUUAGUCUUUUACUUCUCUCACAAAUGCAUGGAAAAUGAGGCUUGCAGAACAUCAGAUUACGCUGCCUGUGGUUGUGGUCAACAGAAAACUCGAUCUGAGAGAAUUGUAGGUGGACUGAAGACCUAUGGUGGCGAGUGGCCUUUUGUAGCCAGUAUACAGUUGAACAACCGACACGUCUGUGGAGCAACACUUAUCUCGUGUAGGUGGAUUUUAACAGCUGCACAUUGUGUCAAUGACAGUGAUAUACAGAACUGGACUGCAGUGCUUGGAAUCAAUUUCUUGGCUCAGCCAACAAGCAGUGUACAGAAACGAAAAAUUUCAAAGAUGGUCGUUCACCCCGAGGCAACAUCGUCCUUUAAUUAUGACGUUGCCCUGUUACAGCUGUCACAGCCAGUUGAAUACACUGACUUUGUCCAACCAGCUUGUCUACCUGCAGCCACAACAUCCAUUUCUGGCAGAAAUUGUACAACCGUCGGAUGGGGAAAAACAAGUGAAAAUGGAGAGGACAGUGGAAGUCUUUUGAAGACUGAAGUGGAAGUUUUCAGCAACAGCCGAUGUCGGCAUUACCUGCCCAACAUAACUGAACAGAUGAUCUGUGCGGGGGUGGCUGAAGGUGGAAGAGAUGCAUGUCAGGGAGAUUCUGGAGGACCAUUGCUGUGCCAAGAUGAGGGUUCUCAGGCAUGGUUAUUGGCAGGAGUUGUUUCCUUUGGAAGAGGCUGUGGAAGACCUCAUCAGCCUGGUGUAUAUAUGCAGACAGUGUCUGUUCGAAAUUGGAUAAUGGAAAAUACAAAUCAAUAGCAGCCUCAUUUGUGACAGUCUUUCUAGGAAUUUGCCUAGAUUUUAAUACUUCCACCCCAUAUAGGAGUCUGUGUGGGAAAUACUGUAGCUUUGGAAAAAAGCUUUCAAUUUGAGCCUUAGUAUAAUAAGUCCCAUUUGGAGAACAUCUGGAUUUUGAACUAUCCAGCUCUAUGGCAAUCAACCAGCUAAAGCAUAGUGCUGUUGCCAUUUGUAUUUUUAAUAGUAUUACUAUUUAUUAAAUGGAUUGCUUAAAUGGUCUCCUUGGAAAAGUAUACGUUAGAAAUAUAAAAGAUUCUGUUAAACUUAUUAUUUGGCCAUACCAUGGCUAUUUAACCAUCACAAGUGGUGGAAUUCUGUAUGUUACAAUGUAACAAUUUAUAAAAUGUACUGUUCACUAACGUAAGAUGUGUCCAACUGUUUGCAAUAAAAAUAUAAUUUAAGAUUAUAAAGUUUGUCUUUAAAGCUUUGUAAUUCAGAAGGGAGAACAGUGAUGCAUUUUCUUAAAUUCAUCACUACUGUACACU